UAUGGAAUAUGCGCAGAAAGGCCUGUCAGCAAUGUCGUCUUGCCAAAGCACGCUGUUCCCUCGCUGCACCAUGUGCUCGGUGUGCAGAACGCCAGCUUUCCUGCCACUAUGUAGGCUCGAUGCUGAGGCGGCAUGUAGCAAGGGAUAGGCCAGCUUAUAUUCGGCCUUUUGAGAAUUCAACUUCAACAACUUCGUCACAAACAAAAAGCCGUCCGGCUGUCUCAUCUUCCUUCCAAGAUACUAUUCCAGUGUCCUCAUCUGCCCAAGGCACAGCUUCAUGUUUCGUUGAAGAUGCUGCCGAUGGCCGGUGUGAAAUUUCCUAUCAGGAAGAAGCUGCGUUUAUAACGGAGGCGGUUAAUGGAUUCCCGGACGUGAAUUCCAUGCUCGAAGUUCCAUUGAAUACGACCUCCAACCCCAUCGUAGAUACACCAUCGUCAAUUUUUCAAUGGCAAGGACAACAGAACACCGAGCCACAGCUGAUGGGCCCACUAUUAGGGUCGGAUGAUUUCCAGUCCUCUCAAAUUCCCAUCGAUGACAACAACACUGUCCUUGAUAGUGAGAGUAUCGAUUUGACAGGGUCUAACUACUCCAUAUUAAGUCCUCAACAAAAACCGCAUCAAAGUGGGCCUCCGUCAAAGAGUACACAGACACAUACUUCGACCUCAGCAACCAGGAUUCUCACGCGCAGGAUUCUGUUGGGCAAGCUAACUUCGUAUCCACAGAAGAUGAUUGGUGGCCACCCGCUGCCUCCAUUCAUUCAUCCGCAAUGUGUAUUACAAGAGAGAUCGCAAGAGGAAUGCGUAUCCAAAGGCACUCAUACUUGUCUACCGGAGUCUCUAGCAAUCUGUGCAAGUCUCGUACAAAUGUUCUUCACAAAGACCAGUACGAGUACAGCAUUUGUCUGGAGGACCAUUAAUGCUGAACAUCGUCGGAUGUAUAACGAACAUUGGGGUUAUGAUGCAUAUACACUUCUGUCGGCUCUCCAAGCGUCGGCGAUCUAUACGUUGUUACAAUUUAUCGAUGUAUGUGCCUUCGGUGACGAUAUACCAUGCUUCGUUGAAAACUGUAUUACCAUGGCCAAGACGUUACACACAAUCAUCGACUACAAAUCAACCCCAAAUUCCUCCCCGGACUCUGACGGCUUGCGGUCAACCUGGGUGCUGAGAGAAAGCACAAGGAGGUGAUUACUAUCCCGAUGAUAUUUGUAUUACUCGAGAUUAAUGAAAUAACAUUGCAUAGAACUUUCUGUUUGCUGUACGGGAUUGAAUUAAUAUCAAAUUACUAUAACAAUUCAUGCGGGUUUGGAAAUUGUCCUCUUCCUUGUCAAAGAGACCUCUGGGAUCCUUAUGCGAACAAUAGUGAGUGGAUUAGAAGAUAUAAAUGCUGCAUUACCAACAAGACUUGCUCUUUCUUUUCUUCUGGUUCCGGUGAACAAGUCCUGGCGAUCAAAGACCUGGUUAGUGCUGUUCAAGAGACACCAGAGUUCGAUUGCCUUUUAUCUUCUUUCCCUUCUUCAUUGUCUUCUACAGCUGGUGCGGUGGCAAGAUGGUGUAAUGAAUUGGACGAAUUGGGGAUGUUGGUUUGGAUGGCCACAAUGCUG